GAGAUAUCACAGAAAGUUUCAGUGGCAAACUCUCUUGAUCAUUCUCAUGACACCGCUGUGUCUACUGCCACUCAUACAAAGACGCACAACGUCACACCCACAGGAAAGCCGCGCGCACAUUUCAUGCUCGACAUGGCACAUCAUGAAUACAUCUUUCCCACGGGAGGAACUAUCAACGCGACCAUGGUAGAGAUCCUUGUUCUACUCCCUCAAUGGUUUCGCAAUCCCCAAAUCUUGAUGCGCUUCUUGAACAACGGCCUCACGUCCAACAUUCACAUGACGAUCCUGGAAGAGUACCGUCAACUCGAGCUCAAUACAAGCGAUGAGAUAGAGCGCGCUCGUGAUUACAUCGCCGACUCAUAUCGUAAGGCUAUGCGGAAAAUUAUGCCCGCCUGGUUAAGACGUAAUCACAAGGCGCCGGAAGAUUGGGAUGCGACCGUAAUGUCUAUCGAGAACAUCAUUCCCGAGGCAGCAAAGAAGGGUGGAUAUGUAGCACCAGCGUCUAUUCCAUUCAAGGAUCUCGCGGUCGGACUGAAGAAACUGCCUCAAGGUUAUGACGCUGGAGAUCUCACGCGUGCGCUCGACUUCGCUAUGAAGAACGACAAGCCUGGUAAAGAUGGCAGCACUACUGAGCUCAUGUUCCCAGACGACAUUCACACGAUCUUGGAUCACAUCGGGAGGACUGAGAUUACGCUCACCCACCUCGACACUUACGUCGUCCCCCGAUAUGCAACUGUUAUUCGUGCCACAGAGCAAGCGCGUCGCAAGAAAAUUGCUGAUUGUAGAAUGCAGAGGCAAGCCAGGGUAGAGUCUAUUCAGAAACCCAUGGAUUCAACUCAGUCACCUCAGCAAUCUGGAUUGAAUCAACAUGCACAGUCCCUGCCAUCGUCUGAGACCAUGUCAACCCAAGUCCAAAUUCAGCAGCAGACGCGUUCCACUACUAUGACCUUUUCAGGCCUACAAAGCAGCAUCCCAUAUAGAGGCAUGGAUAUU